CCCCCGCCAGUGCAGCGACGGCAGCCGCAGCGUGCGCACGGGUGGAGUUAGAGCAGUUUGGUGUCCACAGGACGUAAGAUGGCGAGUGAGGCUCAGGCUAGGACUUCAAGGAAAAGAAAGGCCACUCGAGCAGUAAAUAUUACCAACGAGCAGCAAAUUUUGCAGUGGUUAGGUGAAGAAGAAGAGCACGAAUUUAGUGAUUUCGACGACGAUGUAGCUGACCAAAACUUUGUUAUUGAAGAGGAGAUUCACGAGGAAAGCGAAAUAUCGGCAGACGAAGAAGAUGCUAUGGAAGAUGAGCCUCCUCCUCCUGAGCCAAGAUCGACGAAUGCGACCAGAGGCAGAGGGAGAGGACGUCGGCAAGACCAAAAUAGAAAUCCCGUUGCAAACAUGAGGAGGGGGAGGCAGAACGAACCUCAAACGUCAAACCGCGAUAGUUAUCGUAGCAAAAGUGGAUUUGUUUGGUCUAAAACAGAUUUUUCAAGGGCGUCGCGAACACCUGCUCAUAACAUUCUUUCUUUGCCGAGACAAGAUGAUCAGAUGCGAUUUCCCGGUUAUGAAAAGCUUUGGGAUUCUUUUUUCGACACCGAGAUGAUCGAAACAUUGGUAAUCUAUACGAAUAAGAAGCUUGAAGUCUAUCGUUAGCAGUUUUCGAACUACGCAAAACACGAAUUGAAAGAUACCAAUGAUUUAGAACUUCGAUCUCUGCUGGGAUUACUAUACUACUCAUCAGUAUUUAAGUGUAAUGACUCUGAUUCGAAUUACUUAUUCGCAACGGAUGGAACAGGCCAUGAAAUAUUUCGAUGUGUUAUGUCUAAAUACAGAUUCAACACUUUGCUUAAUUGUUUGAGACUAGACAACAUUGAAGACCGACAGGAACGUUUGAAAACCGACCCACUUGCUGCUGUUUCAUCAUUUUUCAACAAAUUCAUAGCGAAUUGUCAGUCUCAUUACACUCCUGGCCCAUACACCUGCAUUGAUGAAAUGCUACUGGCUUUCAAAGGACGCUGCAAGUUUAUCGUCUACAUGCCUAAUAUACCUGCGAAAUAUGGAAUCAAGAUAAUGGUACUAACUGAUGCUCGCACAUUCUACGUUUAUAAUGCGUACAUUUAUCAUGGAAAAGGAUCUGAUGGUACAGGACUGCCAGAAGCAGAGAAAAAGCUAGCUGUACCCACACAGUCGGUUUUGAGAUUAGCAAAGCCAAUUGAAAACACAAAUCGGAAUAUAACAGCCGACAAUUGGUUUAGUUCUAUUCCUCUAGCAGAAAUUUUAUUGAAAAAAGGCCUGACCUAUUUGGGGACGCUAAAAAAAAAUAAAAGGGAAAUACCACCUGAAUUCAAACCGAAUAAAACGAGACCUGUUGGGAGUUCCCUCUAUGGAUUCACAAAAGAUUUAACUUUAGUAUCUUAUGUGCCAAAAAAGGAUAAAGCGGUUGUCCUUUUGUCCACUUGUCAUCAUAGUCCUAGUACUGAUGAAAACACUGGAAAACCAGUGAUGAUUAUUGAUUACAAUCAAACCAAAGGUGGAGUGGAUGAAGUUGACAAGAAAUGUGCCAUAUAUUCCUGUGCUCGCAAAACACGACGGUGGCCACAGGCAAUCUUCUAUCGUCUCGUUGACAUAGCUGGAAUAAACACGUUUGUGUUAUAUGGACAAUGUCAAGGUGCAAAAUUAAGAAGAGGUGACUUCUUGUUGCAUUUGGCUCGGGAAUUGGUGCUCCCUGCCUUAAAACAAAGAGUGUAUAAUGAUAAGUUGCCUAGAGAAUUGAGGAUGACCUUACGCCGUGUUUUAGGUCGUGAUUUACCUCAUCCGCCACCACCAACUGAGCCUGAAUCAUCAUCAGCAAGGAAGUUGUGCCGUGUUUGUCCAAGCAAAUUGAAGCGGCAAACAAGAUUCUCCUGUUGUGCGUGUGGAAAACCGAUCUAUCUGCAGUGUGCGUCGCAAAUUUGUGAAGACUGCAAGAGCGAAGUUUGAAGUUGAUUUAAAAAAAAUCUACUCUAAGGAUUUUGUUUUUAAUUUUUAUUUUAUUGAUUUUAUGCCAGAAGAAGGUAAAUUUAUGUUAAAAUUGUUAUAAAUACGUUUAAGUUUUUUUAUAUAUUUUUUUAAGAUGGCUGUGUCAAAAGUUCCUACAUUAUGAUAAUAUUAAACAAGAUUGAAUUAUUUAACAGAUCCAUGAGUUUCAUUCCAUCCAAUUAACCUUUAUAAGUUAUAUAUGUUACUAUUAAAUAAUAUUAAUACACUUAUAGCUGUCUAAGUUCAUAUAUUUUUUAAUGGCCACCUGACAAGUGCACGUCUGACAGACUACU